UAUAUUAGCUCUCGAAAGUGUCCAAAAAAUGAUGACGUAAUGUGGAAUGUUAAAUGGUUAUCCGCUUUAUUGUGCAUAGUGAAUAUCAGAUGUUCAAUGAUUGUAGUGCCCGAAACUAAAUCACCGCACGAUUUAUCGAACAGUAUCUGGCAUGAAGUGUCAACGCCAGUCUCAGAUUCAAGCGAGGAAGUCAUCGACACGACGACUUACGUUCAUGAGCCAUUCUUUGAAGAAAAUUCUACACAAAUUAACAUGACGACUCAAUUAGGAAGCGACGUUUAUUUACAUUGCCGAGUUAAUGAUUUACGUGAAAAGAUGGUUUCAUGGGUGCGUCGGAAAGGCGACCAACUUCAUUUGAUAACCUUCGGUGCUUCCAUUUACAUCAGUGAUUCAAGAUAUUCAUUAGAGUUUAAGCAGCCAAACGAUUGGCAAUUACAUAUUCAGUAUGCGAACGAACGUGAUGAGGGUCAGUUUGAAUGUCAGAUAAAUACAAGUCCACCAUUGAUUUUGAUUGUUUGUCUAGAAGUUAUAGUUCCACGAGUUGAUAUUGUAGACGAGAGAGGCUUGAAGACAUCUGAUAAGUUCUACAAAUCUGGCAGCACUAUUGAGUUGAAAUGUGUAAUCAGCAAAAUACCACAACCAACAAGUUACGUUACCUGGAAGCAUGGUUUGCGAAUGUUAAAUUAUGAUACAAGUCGAGGUGGCAUCAGCGUUAAAACAAACCUGAACUCGGGAGGUGCCGUCAGUCGACUUUACAUAGCAAAUGCUAAUCGAUAUGAUAGUGGAAAUUAUACAUGUUCGUUAGGCGAUUCCGCAAAAACAACAAUUGCCGUCCAUGUGUUGAAUGGUGAAAAUCCUGCUGCAGCACAGCAAUCUGGAACAAUUACCAGCUGGAGUCGCUUUGCUUUUUAUCUUGUAUUUAUAUCAAUAACAAUUUCUGUGCUUCAUCAAAGAUGACAAUUGAAUUAAAUAAUAUUAAAUCAAUCUCCAUCCAUUGUCCUCCUGUCUAAAAUCCUACCUUGGCAAACCUUAUCAAUGUCAAAUCUAUUUUUAUUUAAAAAAAUUCUCAUCGUCCCCGGCCCCCCAAUCCAAAAUCUAAAAUGAUAUCAAAAUCAUCUAACCAACCAUUUUCCUCCUACUUCACUAAACAUUUAUAUUUAUACAUACAGUAAAGUAAGCAUAAAUAUCUCAAUUGGAAGUGUUACGAUAAUUACACGCAAUGAAGCUUUUUUCUCUCUAUCUCUAUCUCUUUCCUUCCUAGGUUAAAUACUUAUAACUGAGAAUGUUUUGUAUUACAUACAUUGUGUAUAAAUAAAUGAGAA